AUGACCUCCAACGGACUUGAACUUGGCGCGAAGAGAACAGACGGCAUCACCGAGGAGCUUUGUAAUUUUAUUGUCCAGUCGAAGUAUGAGCAUCUAGACGAGAAACUGGUAGACCAACUGAAGGAUUACCUCACAGACAAUAUUGGCAUAUCCGCGGGCGCUGCUGCCAUCUGCGAUUCUACGGAGCCGUUUCUGCGGGCUGUUGUAGCGCUUGGUGGGAAAUCGGGACAAUCGACUGUGUUCACCAGAGGAAAUGCCUUCUCACUGCAAUAUGCCGGGCUUCUGAAUGCCGCAUUCGCGCAUUCUUUCGACUUUGACGAUACACAUGCGUCGUCCAUUCUACAUCCUGGCGCGACCGCUAUCCCGGCUGCUCUAGCUCAGGCUGAGGCGUUGAACAGUGACGGUAAAACUCUUUUGUUGGGUAUCGCUGUCGGCUACGAGAUCACAUGUCGCAUAGGUCGGGCAUACAACUAUGGUGGAUAUACACGAGGUUUCCACAACACAACUACAGCCGGCAUAUUUGGGGCCGUGGCGGCCAUAUCGAAGAUUAAGGGCCUGUCUUUAGAUCAGGUGAAGAACGCAUUCGGUCUAGCGGAAUCCAAGGCGGCAGGCUCCAUGCAAUUUCUUGAUAAUGGAUCGUGGAAUAAACGGUUGCACCCUGGGUUUGCAGUCCACGACGCGUUCGUAGCGGUGGCCUUGGCAGAAGCCGGUGUUGUUGGGGCCACGAGGCCGAUUGAAGGUAAAUAUGGCGCCUUGCACUCGUACUCGGCCACUUCGACAACAGUCGGCUUAACUGAUAACUUGGGUUCCGAGUGGAUCUUCGGCGAGACCGCCAUUAAACCAUUCCCUGCUUGCCGGAUGACGCACUCGGCGAUCGAGGCCGUGAGCCAUUUUGCGAGGGAGGCUGCGGGCAAGACGGUCGAGCAUAUCACAGUUGCACUUUCGCCCGGCUGUUACCAGAUCGUCGGACCCCCUGACGCGAACAGGAUUCAUCCCAGAACCGUUGUGGAUGGCCAGUUCUCCAUGUACUAUCAGGUAGCAAUUGCAUGGCUUCAUGGAAUGGACAUCGGAUGGGCAAUGUACGACAAGAGCCAGAUGGAAAGCCCCGAAGUAGCAGCGCUUUGCGACAGGAUCGAAGUCGUUAUGCAGGAUGAUGUUGCUGAUCUCGCGGUGCGGUUGACAUUCAAAUGGGCAGAUGGCACGACGACCGAAGCAAGCCAGAUGUUCCCGCUUGGGGAGCAGGAACAUCCAUUCGCAAAAGAGCGCGUUCAAGGCAAGUUUCUGAGAAUGGUUGCCUCGGCCUAUGACGGGAGCACAGCCCAGGCUAUUCUCGCGACGAUUGAAGAGAUCGACCGUCGAAGCACUGGGGAUCUCAUGAAGUUGUUGUAG